AUGGCCAUUAGGAGCACAAGAAGUCUCCAUUUUAUUUUUGAAGAGCCUGACCAGGUAAAUGCUUUUUGGUACUUGGAGCUAUCGAUUCUGAACGGUUUGAAUUUUCUGGAUUCUGGGGCUCCAAUGGGUGCUGGUAAGCUUUCUCCGCCUUUCCUGCGAUACAUGGCCUCUGGUGGCCACCAAUGGGUUGUUGUUAAAUGUCUCGUGGAGAUUAGACGAGAUAAAUCGAUAUUUAAUAUCGAUAUUAAAAUCGCGAAAUUCACUUCUUUCUUCUACACACUCAUCGACCUCUUUUCAGUGUGGAGAGUGAUGGAGGGUGGUCGUGGUUCAAGUUCCCGAGCCUCCAGAAGAAAGCCGUCUCUGACCACCACUUUGUUCAACUUUGAGCGUGUCAAUGGCCUUAUAUAUCGUGAUGAAGAAAUCACCAUUUCCCCAGCAGUUUCCUCCGACAAGCUAUACACCGAUCUCCUUCCAGAUGAUGCCUUUGUGCUUCCCAAACGCCCCUCAACGGCCAUAGUGGUCCAUGAAACAGUACGACCUCGAAGGACCCGCAAUAAUCUUCCAGAGCCUCUUCCUGAUGAUCUUUAUAUCGGGUUUCACCGACGACUAAAACGAGAAGAAACCGUCAUGACAAACGCAGAUAUUCUGAGAUUGCUGCUGGAAAUCGACAGAUUGAAGGACCAUUUGCGGAUCCUUCGAAGCUUGGACUGGGCACGGCACCUUCCAACAAUUACCGUCGUGAAUAAUAGAAGUGAUUCCAACGAAAUGAAUUAUAAACGUAAACUAACAAUUGGAGAAAUUGAACGACUUAUAGCCAAUUACGAUCUGUGGUGCCGGCGCCAGGAUCGGUUGCGUGCUGAAAAUCGGCGUCUGGAUACACACGAAGACCCAUCUGAUGACGAAGAUGUGUUCUCCAUUUCUAUCGAACAACUUCGAGAACGCCGUGGGAAACAAAAAACCUCCAAACUUCCCCACUUAAUACUAAAUCUUAGGAAUGGGUAUGCCAUCAUUAGCGAGCCGUCGAAGUUUCCCAGGAUAGCGCCCAUCAACGACGAUAUACAUCUUUCGUACGACAAGGAACACAAUAUUGCAUUUGGAUCACCGAUCCCUUCUAUACGCCAACGGGACUACUCUCUUGCACGAAAAUUGAGGUCAAGAUAG